GCCCGCGGCGCCCGUGGAGUCGGGCAGGGGGCGCUACGCUCGCCGCGCUCUGAGGGGCGGCCGGGCCGGGCGCUGCGCACUCGCGUCGGGAGCCGCCUCUCGCCCGCCACGCUCGCCCCUGCUCCCCGCCAGCAUCACUUGUCCCGCGGCCGCGCUCCGACAACAAAAGCGGAGGAUGCUGCAGCUGGGCAAGGUCAGGACCUUGCUCUGAAGCCGGGCGGCGGCGCGCACGCCUUUCCCCCGACUGAGGAGCUGUCUUUGGCGGCGGGUGCAUGUUCGCCAGGAAGCAGUCGGGCGCCGCGCCGUUCGGAGCUAUGCCUGUCCCAGACCAGCCUCCUUCAGCCUCAGAGAAGACCAGCUCCUUGAGCCCAGGCUUGAACACCUCCAAUGGGGACGGCUCUGAGACAGAGACCACUUCUGCCAUCCUUGCCUCCGUCAAAGAACAGGAAUUACAGUUUGAAAGGCUGACCAGAGAGCUGGAGGCUGAACGCCAGAUCGUGGCCAGCCAGCUGGAGCGAUGCAAGCUUGGCUCGGAGACUGGAAGCAUGAGCAGCAUCAGUUCAGCAGGAGAGCAGUUCCAUUGGCAGACACAAGAUGGACAGAAAGACAUCGAAGAUGAGCUUACAACAGGCCUGGAGCUGGUGGACUCCUGCAUCCGCUCUCUGCAGGAGUCAGGAAUACUCGACCCGCAGGAUUACUCCACCGGUGAAAGACCCAGCCUGCUCUCCCAGAGUGCACUUCAGCUCAAUUCCAAACCUGAAGGGUCUUUCCAGUAUCCGGCCAGCUACCAUAGCAACCAGACCCUGGCCCUGGGUGACACAGCCCCUUCUCAGCUCCCAGCACGCAGCACACAAGCCCGAGCUGCCGCCCAGAGCUUCAGCCAGGGCACGACCGGUCGCGCGGGGCACCUGGCGGGGUCCGAGCCUGCACCGCCACCUCCGCCUCCGCGGGAGCCGUUCGCGCCCAGCCUGGGCAGCGCCUUCCACCUGCCCGACGCGCCGCCCGCCGCCGCCGCGCUCUACUACUCCAGCUCCACGCUGCCAGCGCCGCCGCGCGGGGGCUCCCCGCUGACCGCCACGCAGGGCGGCUCGCCCACCAAGCUGCAGCGCGGAGGCUCGGCCCCUGAGGGUGCCGCCUACGCCGCGCCGCGAGGCUCCUCGCCCAAGCAGUCGCCCAGCCGCCUGGCCAAGUCCUACAGCACCAGCUCGCCCAUCAACAUCGUCGUGUCCUCGGCCGGCCUGUCCCCGAUCCGCGUGACCUCGCCCCCCACCGUGCAGUCCACCAUCUCCUCUUCGCCCAUCCACCAGCUGAGCUCCACCAUCGGCACCUACGCCACCCUGUCGCCCACCAAGCGCCUGGUCCACGCGUCCGAGCAGUACAGCAAGCAUUCGCAGGAACUGUAUGCCACGGCCACCCUCCAGAGGCCGGGCAGCCUGGCAGCUGGGUCCCGAGCCUCAUACAGCAGCCAGCAUGGGCACCUGGGCCCUGAACUGCGGGCCCUGCAGUCCCCAGAGCACCACAUAGACCCCAUCUAUGAAGACCGUGUCUAUCAGAAGCCUCCUAUGAGGAGUCUCAGCCAGAGCCAGGGGGACCCUCUGCCGCCAACACACACUGGCACCUUCCGCACGAGCACAGCCCCAUCUUCCCCCGGUGUCGACUCCGUCCCCUUGCAGCGCACAGGCAGCCAGCACGGGCCACAGAAUGCCGCCGCAGCCACCUUCCAGAGGGCCAGCUACGCUGCUGGCCCAGCCUCCAACUACGCUGACCCCUACCGACAGCUGCAGUACUGUCCCUCCGUUGAUUCUCCGUACAGCAAAUCGGGCCCUGCCCUCCCACCCGAAGGCACCUUGGCCAGAUCCCCAUCCAUUGACAGCAUUCAGAAAGAUCCCAGGGAGUUUGGAUGGAGAGACCCGGAGCUGCCUGAAGUGAUACAGAUGUUGCAGCAUCAAUUCCCUUCCGUUCAAUCCAAUGCCGCAGCUUACUUGCAACACCUCUGUUUCGGAGACAAUAAAAUUAAAGCAGAGAUAAGGAGACAAGGAGGCAUACAGCUCCUGGUGGACCUGCUGGAUCACAGGAUGACGGAAGUCCACCGUAGUGCCUGUGGGGCUCUGAGGAACUUGGUAUAUGGGAAGGCUAAUGAUGACAACAAGAUCGCCCUGAAAAACUGUGGUGGCAUCCCAGCGCUGGUGAGACUGCUUCGCAAGACCACAGACCUGGAGAUCCGGGAGCUGGUCACAGGAGUCCUGUGGAACCUCUCAUCAUGUGAUGCACUCAAGAUGCCAAUCAUCCAGGAUGCCCUGGCGGUGUUGACCAACGCGGUGAUCAUCCCCCACUCGGGCUGGGAAAACUCACCUCUUCAGGACGAUCGGAAAAUACAGCUGCAUUCAUCACAGGUGCUGCGCAAUGCCACUGGGUGCCUAAGGAAUGUAAGUUCAGCUGGAGAGGAGGCCCGCCGGCGGAUGCGGGAGUGUGAUGGGCUCACGGAUGCCUUGCUGUACGUGAUUCAGUCUGCACUGGGGAGCAGUGAGAUCGAUAGCAAGACCGUUGAAAACUGUGUGUGCAUCUUGAGGAACCUCUCCUACCGGCUAGCAGCAGAAACGUCUCAGGGACAGCACAUGGGCACAGAUGAGCUGGACGGGCUGCUCUGUGGGGAGGCCAACGGCAAGGAUGCAGAGAGUUCCGGGUGCUGGGGCAAGAAGAAGAAGAAAAAGAAAUCCCAGGACCAGUGGGAUGGAGUAGGACCUCUUCCAGACUGUGCAGAACCACCCAAAGGGAUCCAGAUGCUGUGGCACCCAUCCAUAGUCAAACCCUACCUCACACUGCUCUCUGAGUGCUCAAAUCCAGACACGCUGGAAGGGGCAGCAGGCGCCCUGCAGAACUUGGCUGCAGGGAGCUGGAAGGGCUGGGCUGAGGAUGUGGCAGGCAUGGCGUAUGCCCUACGUUCACUGCCAGAGGGGGCUCCCUGCCUGCCACAGUGGUCUGUCUAUAUCCGAGCCGCUGUCCGGAAAGAGAAAGGCCUGCCCAUCCUUGUGGAGCUCCUCCGAAUAGACAAUGACCGUGUAGUGUGUGCAGUGGCCACGGCGCUCCGGAACAUGGCCUUGGAUGUCAGAAACAAGGAGCUCAUCGGCAAAUACGCCAUGCGAGACCUGGUCCACCGGCUUCCUGGAGGGAACAACAGCAACAACGCGGGGAGCAAGGCCAUGUCAGAUGACACCGUGACAGCCGUGUGCUGCACCCUGCACGAAGUGAUCACCAAGAACAUGGAGAAUGCCAAGGCCUUACGGGAUGCUGGCGGCAUCGAGAAGUUGGUCGGCAUCUCCAAAAGCAAAGGAGAUAAGCACUCUCCAAAGGUGGUUAAGGCUGCGUCUCAGGUCCUCAACAGCAUGUGGCAGUACCGAGAUCUGAGGAGUCUCUACAAAAAGGAUGGAUGGUCACAAUAUCACUUUGUAGCCUCAUCUUCAACCAUUGAGAGGGAUCGACAAAGGCCCUACUCCUCCUCCCGCACACCCUCCAUCUCUCCUGUGCGUGUGUCUCCCAACAACCGCUCAGCAAGUGCCCCAGCUUCACCUCGGGAAAUGAUCAGCCUCAAAGAAAGGAAAACGGACUAUGAGUCCACUGGCAACAAUGCCACCUACCACGGAACUAAAGGAGAACACACUUCCAGAAAAGACGCCAUGACAGCUCAAAACACUGGAGUCUCAACUUUGUAUAGGAAUUCCUACGGUGCGCCCGCUGAAGACAUCAAACACAACCAGGUUUCAGCACAGCCUGUCCCCCAGGAGCCCAGCAGGAAAGACUAUGAGACCUACCAGCCGUUUCAGAAUUCCACACGAAAUUACGACGAGUCCUUCUUUGAAGACCAGGUCCACCACCGCCCUCCAGCCAGCGAGUACACCAUGCACCUGGGCCUCAAGUCCACGGGCAACUAUGUCGACUUCUACUCUGCUGCCCGCCCUUACAGCGAACUGAACUACGAAACGAGCCACUACCCGGCCUCGCCCGACUCCUGGGUGUGAGGGGGAGGAGCCAGGCCACGAGCGCGCGAGGCACUCCGGGAACAGUGCAUGUGCAUGCGUACCACGGGACAUUCCGUUUCUUUUCUUUUCCUUUUUUCUCCCCCCUGCAGAUUUAGUUUGUUAAAGCCUGUUCCAUAGGAAGGCUGUGAUAACCAGAAAGAAAUACUCAGAGCUAUUUUAGAAAGCGAAACGAAUCGAGAGUUAACUGGGAAAUCGAGAGGAGGCUAAGCGCCCUCCUAAAUGUGACCAUAUUCAACACCUUUCUAGUUUGAACUGUAGAGGUUUCGAAGUGCUUUAUAUGCCAUGUGGCUGAAGGAAGGAGGGAGGAGACGGUCAGGGUGGUGGGCGUGGAGGUUAUCGCUAAGCACAAGACGGAAUAGUUUCCACUAUGGGGGACGGCUUCUCACGCUUCGUUACUCCCUUCAUCCGUGUGACUCUAGGCUUCCAGUUGCAUUGGGGUUUCUCUGUACAGCAAGACGUCUCUUGCCUUUUGUUAAUGCAUUGUUGUAAAGUAUUCGAUGUACAUUACAGAUUAAAGAAGAAGACAGCAUUGUGUAUAUUACACCAAUGCCGCCGUGUUUCCUCAUCAAUGGUUCUAAAUAUUGCUUCAACUUCAAACUUUUGAAAGAUGUAUGGAUUUCCAGUUUUCUUUUCUUUUCUUUCUCCCAGUAUGUUUUAACAAAAAAGAAGAAAAAAAAAACAGGAAAAAAAAGGAAUAUUUAGCAGUAUUGUUCGUUCUGAUGUGUGAUGUUUGUGGCAACUAAACAAGGCAUCCAGCAGUUUCUCACAGCUAACACGUCAUUCCACAUCCUUGUCAACAAAGUGCUUUUUCACUGCCCAGAAUUUUAGAUGUAGAUAUUUGAAAUAGAUUUUUUUUCAUUUAUACCAGUUUUCUUUAUGAUGAUACAGUGUUAAAAGAAAAUAAAUUACAAUUGAUCUGUCAUCCAUACUUGCUAAGAAUGUCUGUUUCCAUGGACCAACCUUACAAAAUACGCAUUCUUGCUUGUGUGUCUGUGCGUGUGUGGGUGUGUGUAUGUCGGUGUAUGUGUAAUGCCCUGUGUGGGAUUUUCUUUGGAUAGAAGCGACUUCACCUGCUGUCCAUCUUGUCCAGGCCUUUUGUUGUCCCAGCAUCCGUGUGCAUCGGUUUGUUCCUUUUGUAAUGUAUCUACUCUUCUAGUGGCUCAGGAUAUUAGCCCAGCUGGAGGAAAGUAGGGUUCUCACAUGUCCACACAUUCUUGGGUACCAACUCUUUCUACAGGUCAACCCCUUCCACAUUUUAUGCCCUCGGAACAUGCUAAACCAUGGCCAACUCGGUAGUUUCCCUUUGGGGCCAAUUACUUGAAGUCUCCAUAGAAGAUGUCAACUGCUCGCCUUAUACCCUCUCCGACGUUUCUGUUCAUGUGGCAGGGAGCAGUAGACAAUUAUGGGCUAGAUGAUUUAAAACUGAACUUGAAGCUAAUGUUAGACUAGUGGUUAACAGAGCUAAGAAAUAAGGCUAACCA